GGCAUAAGGCUGGUAUACAUGCAAUGGCCAGCAGAAACUGGUGUAUAAACGUUGUUCGUCACUUUAAACUUGAGUCUUCGCUGGCAAGGAUGUCAAUAUUUUGCAAUGAUUCGUCAACGUACGGUUGGGAGUUGUGACGAUAUAUAACAUUAAUUGGAAGAACUGCAAUUCCUGCGGAACUCUUUUUUAUUUUUAUUGAGGUGUCUCCAGCUCCAUGACUGAUUAAGGUCAGUGACCACCGUGCGACGUCAGAAUGUCGAUGUAUAGGAAGAAAAUCAUCGCCCUGCUCGUCGUCGCCGUCGUUUACCUAUUGAUACUUCUAAAGACGGAUUCCGAAGGUCAAUCUUCGACGGAGACGAUACGACACGACGUCGGGAUCGCUGCUUCUAUUGAGUCCUACAAGAGUGAAAAGAGCCCAAACUACAUCAAACCACUAGCACUAGAUAGGCAUUCUGAUGCGAAGUUCGACAACCAAAAUGACCUUCCCGAAAUGGCGCCGAAACGCGUCUCAGAAUCCGUGACGUCACAAAACUAUGGCUCCACGUGCACGCCUGCCAAUGACAUCGUGUACAUCAAAGUACAUAAGACGGCAAGUUCCACCCUUCAGAAUAUCUUCUAUCGUUUUGGGGAUGAGAAGGAUCUGACUUUCAUGCUACCGGUGCGGGAUUAUUACAUCGAGGGAGUGGAGAAAUUCAAACCAUCGGGACUCCUGAAACCGCCCCCGGGAAAACAUUACAACAUUCUGGCGAACCAUGCACGAUUCUUUUACGAAGAUUUCAAGAAAGUGAUGCCUGCGGACACCAAGUACGUCACCUUAAUCCGUGAAGCAGCCAGCCACUUUUCCAGCCAGUACUCUUACCGCGUCCUGAAGCGCCAAUACAAAGUAGAGCUGGACGAGUUUUCGCGAAAUCCCAAAUUAUAUUUCGAGAAGUACGACCUCAACAAGAAAGGGCGAUUCAGUGGAAGGGAUCCGGAACUCUACGACCUGGGCUUAAAUAAGAAAGACAUGUAUGACCCCAUCAAAGUGGAUAAUUAUAUCAAAUUUCUUGACGAGAAAAUGGAUCUUGUUCUUCUGACGGAGUUCUUCCAAGAGUCAGUGAUUCUCCUUAAGGAUCUUAUGUGUUGGGAUCUGCAGACGAUCGUUCAUCUCAACAGUAAAAUCCGGGUACCCCUUGGGAAAGAAAAAGGCGCGAAAACUUCGCAAACAAAUUCGACAAAAGCGGACGCGUUGACGGACCGUCUGAACGAGUGGAAUGCUGGUGAUUACAAAAUGUAUGACCAUUUCAAUCGGACUUUAUGGAAAAAGGUUGAAGCUUAUGGACGUGAGCGCAUGGCAAGAGAAAUUGCAGAGUUGAAUGUUCUAACUCAGAGGUAUGAAGCAGAAUGUAUGAGUGGGACUAAGAUCCGGGAUAUAUCUUAUUGGUCAGGACCGAUCGGGUUAAAAGAGUACGUGUUAAAGAAAGAGAAAGAACACAAUAUGACGUGCAAAAGACUCGGAAUGAGUGAACCGGAGUUUGUUGCACAUCUACGAAAGAAACAAAAAACACGACUGCAAGGAUAAAUGUAUAAUGGAAGGAUUUCCAUUGACUUUAUUAUGAUUGUCAUUAUCAUUAAUUUAUCUUCAUUAUUUGAUUUGGCGAGACGUGCCUGGAAAAUUAAAAGCGAAAUGUCACUGACCUGUGUGUCUCUCCUCCCGACAUAACUGAUUUCUAAUCUACAAAUUGAUUAGAAACUUUUUUGGGGGGGGGUGGGUUGGGCGUGCCCCCUCUCCCCUCAUCUGGAUUGACGCCCAUGCAGGGUCCUGGGAACGAUUUUUUUUACAGGGGGUGCUGACGUAAGUUUGACAAGAAAAAAAGGGUUUCAUAACAUGAAAGUCAUUUUGGUCAUGAGAAAUUUGACAUGCAGAAAUAGAAGGUUUCACGACACAAUCGAAGUCAUUUCGGGACAUACAAAUUUCUCACGCAAAAAAAAAGGGGGGGGGGUGUCAACACAAAAUGUAGGUCAUUUUGGUUACAUUACGCCAUUUUGUCACACCUACCAGACUUCCAGGGGGUGCUGCCUAUGGAGAAUAAUACACGCAGCGACCCCAGGAAAAUCUUGGGAGUGCUUCAGCACCCCCGCUUCUCAGGGCCAUGCGCCCAUGUUAACGACGGGUAGACCUCGUCAAUAUACAUGCAGAAUCAAUAUUUACAUGUACUCCAAAUUUGCUGCUUCGGGGCACACACCACUAACUAUUUUCCCAUAGACUCAUGUGUUAAAAAGGAGAUUUAUUUAAAAAAAUAAUAAUAAUGACACCAUCCAAACCUUUGUCAUUUGGUAGUUCAUCCAAUAUCCUUCAGACGCCAAAAAUAUGAAAAGGGGGUUUUCCGGGGGGGGGGGGGGCACUCAGUAUAUAAUGCAUAGUGGGUAUGUGCCGCGGAGGGGACCCCCAUUUUUACACUCAAAUUUCCGUUCCAAGGCAUAGCAUUUUUGUCUUAUUGAGAAAAAGAACAAAGAAAGCCGCUCCAAAGCAUAGCAUUUUCUUCUUAUCGAGAAAAAAGAAGAAAGAAAUCCGCUCCAAAGCUUCGCAUAUUUUCCGUUACGCCGUUCCGGUGUACCGGCGGAUCCUGCGCCUGGCAGAUACUGUUCUAGGCACCAAAUCCGCCGGCGGAUCGUAUUCUACUCUGGCGGAUUCAGUACCACUCUCUUCGGAAGAUAUCGUUCUUGCGCUAUCGCGAUAUCCUUCAUUCACAUACGUCACGUGGUACGAGAAAACUAGUCAAAAGCGGUAGAUUUCAUCAAUUAAAGCUUGCAGAAAAAGAUAUUUAUGUUAUCUCUAUGUGAUAUGAGUGAAAAAAUAAAAUGCGUAAUCUGAAAGGGGAAAAUAACGCAUUUUCUUGUUACAACUCUAUGGAAUUACACCACUUCUAACAUUGCGAGGCCGGUGAAAGCAUUUUCGAAACCCGAUAUAUUCAGCUGUAAGCGAUGACUGCAUGAAACUUGCAUUUCUGUUUUUAGUUUAAAUUAUUAGCUUUCGAUUUGUCUGAUUUGUCAAUUAAAUUUUGGGGUCUGGUCUGGGUCUUUAAAUAGUCCACACUUAGUCUUCAUUCAACUGUCAAUGUCUGCUGCACUACUAGUAUACAAAGAAUUUUCCCCCAAGAUAAUGCUUGUAUUCAAAUAACAUGCAUUUGUUAAUUUAUUUCAUACCUAUUAAUUUAUUGCAGUAUGAAAAAUCCUCCUUAUCACAAUUUUAGGGAUAAAUUGGGCACAAUAUGCAUCGAUUAAUACAGAGUAUUAAAUGAAGGCAAACAAUGGCAGUUCGAUAAUUAAAAUCAGUAUUUUGUAUUAAAGGGAUGGUCCGGGCUGAAAAUAUUUAUAUCUUAAUACAUAGAGUAGAAUUCACUGAGCAAAAUGCUGAAAAUUUCAUCAAAAUCGGAUAACAAAUAAUAAAGUUAUUGAAGUUUAAAGUUUAGCAAUAUUUUGUGAAAACAGUCGUCAUGAAUAUUCAUUAGAUGGGCUGAUGAUGUCACAUCUCCACUUUCCGUUUUCUUAUGUUAUUACAUAAAAUCAUAUUUUUUUCAUUAUUUCAUACUUGUGUGAAUAAUAUGUCUCUUUUAUAAUGAAAUAAGUUGCAGCAAUAAAUAUCUAA